AUGGAACAGAUGGCAUGGUUGUGCAUGGGGGAUUUUAACAAAAUCCUGACUAAUGUUGAAAAGUUUGGUGCUGCUAAUAAACCAAUCUCUCAGAUGGAGAGUUUCAGAGAGGCCCUCUAUGAUUGUGAGUUAACUGACUUGGGGUAUAAGAGAUCCAUGUAUACCUGGAGCAAUAAGAGAGAAGGGGGAGAGUUUACCAAAGAGAGACUAGACAGGGUCUUAGGCAAUGGUGAUAUGCAAAUGUCCUAUAGUAGCUGUCUUGUCCAAGUCUUACAUGUGAUGCACUUUGAUCACAAUCCUUUAUUUAUUUUAUGUGAGUGUGAAGAUGAGAUGCAAAGAAGACUUGUGAAGAUUUUCAGAUAUGAAGCUCUUUGGUCCAAGAAGCAAGAGUGUAAAGAGUUAAUUAAAAGGGUAUGGGGUGCUUCAAUCACAGGCUGUAAUACUAUGAGCUCUCUGAAACUUGGUCUUGCUCAUUGUAGAAACCAAUUGACACAUUGGUCCAAAGCAGUGAGAGGGGACCAUAAGAAGCAACUUAGCCUCAAAAGGGAUAUGAUUCAGGAAUUACAGAAUAUAAGUCACGGGGACUUUAAUGAGACUAUCAAGGGGCUUCAAGCAGAGGUUGAUGUUAUAUUGGAGGAUGAGGACUUCAAAUGGACGCAAAGAGCCAAGGAGAAGUGGCUUUAA